UAAGCAGUGGUGCCUGUUAUCUAUGGACUGAUAGGACCUGGCAGAGGCUGAAAUGGCUUGUAUACAAAGACUCUUGGACAGAAGGAGACAGUCAUCCUGCCUUGUGCUGCUAGCUGUUUUUCAGGCAGUUGCUGGACGGAUCCAUUAUUCAGUUCCCGAGGAACAGCAGGAAGGUUCUUUUGUUGGGGAUAUCUCACAGGAUCUGGGAUUGGAUAUGAAGCAACUCUUCCUUGGCGGUGUCCGGAUUAUUGCAGAAGGUAGGACACAAUAUUUUGCCCUCAAUUUCCAAAAUGGCCAUUUAUAUAUUAAUGAAAGACUAGACAGAGAAGAAAUAUGUGGACGUCUGUUAACUUGUAUUUUGAAGUUGGAGAUUCUUAUUCAGGAGCAGCUAAAAGUCUAUACAGUAGAAAUUGAAAUCGAAGAUAUCAAUGACAAUGCACCAGCAUUCCAAGUGGAGACAUUGCAGCUAAAUAUCCGAGAAAAUACAGCUGUGGGAUCCCGAUUCCUUCUUCCAGAUGCACAGGACCCAGACUUAGGAGUGAACUCUUUACAGAGCUAUCAAAUCAGCCCUAACAGACACUUCUUUCUUGAUGUGCAAAUGACAGCAAGUGGAGCCAAAUAUGCUGAGUUAGUACUGGAAAAGGCUAUGGAUCGAGAAGUAGAAGCUUUCCAUGACUUAAUCCUUACAGCCAGUGAUGGGGGGAAUCCUGUCAAAUCUGGAACUGCACACAUCAAAGUUUCUGUUGAAGAUGCAAAUGACAAUGCACCAGUUUUUUCAGAAUCUGUUUAUAAAGUGACCACUGCAGAAAACAUCCCUGUUAAUUCCCUGCUUGUAACAGUCAAUGCUACUGAUUUGGAUGAAGGCAUUAAUUCAGAGAUAACAUAUGCAUUCAGGCAGGUAUCAGAAAAGGCUUCAAAUAGUUUCCAUUUGGAUCCGAGAACUGGAGAAGUAAGGGUGAGGCAGGAGAUAGAUUUUGAAGAAUGUGCUUUGUAUGAAAUGGAGGUUCAAGCUCGUGAUGGAAGAGGCUUAUCGGGUCGAGCAAAUAUUUUGUUGGCUAUUACUGAUGUAAAUGAUAAUGCACCAGAAAUUGCAGUCACAUCUCUUACUAAUGCUGUGAGUGAAGACUGCCCAGAAGGAACUGUAAUUGCACUGCUAAAAGUAAUAGACAGGGAUUCAGAAGACAAUGGGCUGGUUACAUGCUCCAUCUCUGGCAACCCGCCAUUUCAUUUAGAGAAAACGUUUGAUAAUUAUUACAGUUUAGUGACUGGCAGAGCCCUGGACCGAGAAGAUGUACCUAAUUACAAUGUCACAGUUAUUGCAACAGAUAAAGGAAAUCCUCCUCUCUCCACAACCACCACUAUUCAGCUGAAAAUAUUAGAUAAAAAUGACAAUCCACCCACCUUUAAAAAGAAGUCCUAUAUUACUUCAAUUACAGAAAAUACUUCAGCUGGAGCAUCUGUUUUAACACUAAAAGCAAGUGAUCCUGACUGGGAGAUGAAUGGCAAAAUUACUUAUUCAAUCACUGAAGGUGAGACGAGUUACACCUACUUCUCCUCCUGCCUUUCUAUAAACUCUGAGACUGGAGUAAUCUAUGCCCUACGGUCCUUUGAUUAUGAAGAGAUUAAAGAGAUUAAUUUCCUGGUCAAGGCCCAGGAUGGAGGUUCUCCACCCCUCAGCUCCAAUGUCUCGGUGACUCUCUUCAUCCUGGACCAGAAUGACAAUGCUCCCCAAAUCCUGUACCCCUCCCCUCCCACCGAUGGCUCCACUGGGAUAGAGCUGGCCCCUCGCUCCUCUGAGCCAGGCUACCUGGUCACUAAGGUGGUGGCCGUGGAUGCGGACUCUGGCCAGAAUGCCUGGCUCUCCUACCAGCUGAUCAAGGCCACCGAGCCAGGGCUCUUCACUCUGGGGCUCCACACAGGAGAGAUCAGGACGGCCCGAUUCUUUCUGGAGAAAGAUGCCCUCAAGCAAAGCCUGGUGGUUUUAGUCAAGGACAAUGGGCAACCACCUCUCUCUGCUUCAGCCACUCUGACUGUAGUGCUGGCUGACAAUAUCCCUGACAUGCUGACUGAUCUGGGCACCAUCUCAGCUCCUAUCAGUCUUGAGUCUGACCUCACUUUCUACCUGGUGACUGCAGUGGCUUUUGUCUCCUGCUUGUUCUUCACAUUCCUCCUUGUAUUAUUGGUACUAAGGCUUCGCAAGUGGAGACAUUCUCAGUUGUGUGACACAGGAAGUGUAAAUUUAAAUGGGGUUCCUGUUUCACAGUUUGUAGGCAUUGAUGGAGUCAGGGCAUUUCUUCAGACUUAUUGCCAUGAGUUUUCACUGACUUCGGGCUCUCGGAAAAGUCAGAUUUUUUUCCCCAUUGAAAGCUGCACAAACACACUGACAGGACAUCAGGCUUCUCAAAUCUCCGGACCUCUGUUUACUGCUAAUGAUUCAAAUAUCAAUAAGGAAGGGCAGAGCUGCGAACAGUUUGAAAUGGCAGCUGCGCUGAGACUCCAACAACACAGUGGCUGCUUCUGGUUUGCUUUUAUUGCCAUUUGGCAGACAAAUUAUGGGCAGCUCCACUACUCAGUCCCUGAAGAAGUCCCCAAAGGCUCUUUCGUUGGAAAUAUAGCAGAGGACCUGGGACUGGGUUCCAAGAAAUUGUCAGACAACAGAGUUCGCAUCAUCUCUGAAGGUAUGCUUCAAUAUUUUACUUUGAAUUCUAAGAAUGGCCAGUUAUAUGUCUCUGGAAGGAUAGACAGAGAAGAAAUAUGCAGGUGGGAAGAGAAGUGUGUUUUAAGUCUUGAAGUCCUUGUUGAGGAUAAAAUGAAACUGUUCACUGUAGAAAUUGAAAUCACAGAUAUAAAUGACAAUGCUCCAACUUUCACCCAGGAACGCUUAGAUCUUAAAAUAAGUGAAACGGCCAUUGUAGGGACUCGUAUUGCCUUGCAAGAAGCUCAGGAUUCUGACACUGGAGAUUACUCCCUUCAGAACUACCAUCUGAGCAGCAGCAGGUAUUUCUCCCUGAAACUACAGAGCAGCUCUGAUAAGGACAAAUUUCCAGAACUGGUGUUAGAGAAAUCUUUGGACAGAGAAGAGGAAGCAGUUUACUCACUCAUCCUAACGGCCACUGAUGGUGGGCAUCCAGUGAGGUCUGGCACUCUCCAAAUCUAUGUAACAGUUCUUGAUGCAAAUGAUAAUGCACCCAUUUUCAACCAACGUCUCUAUAAAGUGAGUGUUUUGGAAAGUGUUUCCAUAGGCUCUCUGCUGCUUACUGUAAAUGCUACAGAUGCCGAUGAAGAAACAAAUUCUGAGGUGAUUUAUUCAUUCCUAAAAAUAAAGGAAAAAGCAUCACAACUCUUUCAAAUAAACUCUAGAAAUGGGGAGAUAUCAACAACAGGGAAGUUGGACUAUGAAGAAGAUGCAUUACAUGAAAUGGAAGUUCAAGCAAAGGACAAUGGAGGUCUCUCCGACAGGGCUAAAGUGUUGAUCAUCCUUAUUGACAUUAAUGACAAUGUUCCCAAGAUAACUAUCACUACCUUCUUCAGUUCAGUCAGUGAAGGAAGCUCUCCAGGAACUGUGGUUGCUCUACUAAACAUACAAGACAGAGAUACGGGUGAGAAUGGAGAAGUCUUGUGCUCAGUUCCUAAAACUCUUCCUUUCCACUUAGAGAAAUCCUUUGAUAACUAUUACCAUUUGAUGACUGACAGACUGCUCGACAGAGAAGAAACAUCAAAUUAUAGUAUAACUAUCAUGGCUGCAGACAAAGGGAACCCUCCAUUAUCAACUACUAUGGUGUUCUUUGUAGAAAUUUCAGAUAUAAAUGAUAAUGCCCCAGUCUUCAAUAACAUACAAUAUACCUCUUAUGUAACUGAGAAUAACAUCAGAGGAGCAUCUGUUUACUACAUGAAAGCAAGUGAUCCUGACUGCAUGGAAAACGCCACGAUCACUUUUUCAAUCAUUGAUCAAAGUGUUGGCGAUUCUACUCUUUCAUCCUACCUUUCUAUUAACUCUGAAACUGGGGUUGUUUAUGCCUUGAUCUCCUUUGAUUAUGAAGAGAUUAAAGAGAUUAAUUUCCUGGUCAAAGCCCAGGAUGGAGGCUCUCCACCACUCAGCUCCAAUGUCUCAGUGACUCUCUUCAUCCUGGAUCAGAAUGACAAUGCUCCCCAAAUCCUGUAUCCCUCCCCUCCCACUGAUGGCUCCACGGGGAUAGAGCUGGCCCCUCGCUCCUCUGAGCCAGGCUACCUGGUCACUAAGGUGGUGGCUGUGGAUGCGGACUCUGGCCAGAAUGCCUGGCUCUCCUACCAGCUGAUCAAGGCCACUGAGCCAGGGCUCUUCACUCUGGGGCUCCACACGGGAGAGAUCAGGACAGCCCGCUUCUUCCUGGAGAAAGAUGCCCUCAAGCAAAGCCUGGUGGUUUUAGUGAAGGACAAUGGGCAGCCUCCAAUGUCGGCUUCAGUCACUGUCACUGUGGUCUUGGCUGACAGCAUCCCUGACAUGCUGACUGAUAUGAGCAGCGUCCCUGUAUCUGAAGACCCACAGUCAGAUCUCACCUUCUACUUGGUGACUGCAGUGGCUUUUGUCUCCUGCUUGUUCCUUGCCUUCCUCCUUGUGUUAUUGGCACUCAGACUUCGCAGGUGGAAAAAUUCUCAGUUUUGUGACAAUGGAAGUGUGCAUUUUGAUGGCGCUCCCAUCUCCCAGUUUGUGGGGAUUGAUGGAGUCCGGGCAUUUCUUCAGUCUUAUUGCCACGAGGUUUCACUGACUUCAGGCUCUCGGAAAAGCCAGAUUUUUUUCCCAAUUGGAAGCUGUACCAAUACUCUGACAGCACAACAGGCUCCUGAUAAGCCAGAUCCUAUAUUACUCAUAGGUGAUUCUAACACUCUUAAGGAGGAGGUAGCAACCUGUCAAGUGAGUACAUGAAUUUCAGUACUUCCAUUCAUUUUAAAGUUCAGAAAAUAA